UGCUGUCUGAAAAUCCAACAAGUUUCACGAUCACAGUGACAUCUGAAGCAGGAAAAAGUGAUGAAAAAAAGCUACUGUUGGAUAAUUGUGCACACAAGUCAGAACACUACAUUUAGCCAGAGGGGUUCCCCCCCCCAUUUUCUUUGCAUCUGUUUCCAACUAAAGAAACAAACUGUUUAUAAAACAUGAAUAACACCCUGUGUUUCUGGAAUGGGAAAUUCUCUGAAGAAAACAAAUGAAGGUCUAGCUGUACAUCUGGUGCUUUCCUACGUAUGCAUGACUGUCAUUGGACAUUCUUCAUGCAGCCCGUCUUUUUUUUCAUGCAGACAAUUCACUUAUUAUUUUUUCUGUGGUUCUCUACUACUUUGUGGCAAACAGCAGCUGUUCAGACAACUCUCAAAUUCACAUAUGCAGAGAAAUAUCCAGAUGAAAUUCCACUCUAUGAACUGCUUUCUCAAGAGAAUCUUGAGGAUAAUGACAUUACAGAUAUCCUAAAAUUACUUCAAGAGCAGGCAGAGGAAAAUCUUGGCAUGGUAAUGAUUUUCACACUCGUAUCAGCUGUACAAGAGAAAUUAAAUGUAAUGGUAGAUCAAAUAAAAACAAGAAGAGAAGAGGAAAAGAGGCAGAAGGAAAAAGAAGCAGAGGAGGCAGAGAAGCAAUGCUUCCAUGGCACCCCUGUCACAAUUGAGAAUUUUCUAAGCUGGAAAGCAAAAUUUGAUGCAGAUCUCUUAGAAAAUAAAAGAAAAAAAAUGAAAGAAGAAGAACAGACUGGCAGAAAUAAAUUGACUGGAAAGCAGUUGUUUGAAAGAGAUCACAAUCUUGAUACAUCUGAUAUUCAAUUCUUAGAAGAAGCUGGAAACAGUGUGGAAGUAGAUGAAUCCUUAUUCCAGGAAAUGGAUGACUUAGAAUUGGAGGAUGAAGAGGAUGACCCCGACUAUAACCCCAUGAAUCUAGAUAGUGACUAGAGUCAGUACACCAGCCUCUUUGAUCAGCAGGUGUGAACAACUUGUCCCAAAAGAGAGGCAGGAAAGCCACAGUAUCUGUGGCUAUACCCACACCUGCUUUGGUUUCCUUUCUUUUUCUUAAAGAAAAAGAUCAAGUAUUUUAAUUUCAGGAGACAUCUCUUCUGAUGGCUUUCAUCACAAAUAAUAAACUGACUUUAGCAUUAAAAAUGUGA